UUUCAGCCUGGAACACGUUAAAUUCAUCGACCCUAGUGCCUCAUCUAUUGCAUCUCUAAGCACCAUAAUGCUUCUUGGCCUCGAUCCAGUUGCCCGUCAAGCACUUACAGAGAGGAUAAUAGCAGCAAUAUGGCGCAAACCCGGGAUGAAGUGGGUUUUGUAUAACAUUGCAGUGGACCUGAAAGUCGACUUCUCACUCCCGGAUCCCUCGUUAUUGUGAAUAUUCGAAGCCACCAAGAUGAAGUUCACUGCCGCUCUUUCGUCGCUGUUGCUGGCCGCGCCAGCCUUCGCGCAAACCACUCCUCCGGGUUUCACGCCUGUCGCAAACCAGAUACUGGACAUAUACUAUGGAACGCAGUAUAUCACCCCUGGACUCGUUGUCAAGAAGUCGGUGACCCAAAAGGCCCCAGUAAUCGGCGUUGCCAACGGUACGCUCACUGGCAAGUAUCUGCUUGCGAUGAUUGAUAUCGAUGGCUCUCAAGGUGGCAAGACAACCACCGUCUUGCACGCCCUCUUACAGGAUUAUACACCCUCCGGCACCACACAGAAUGGCACCGCGGUUCUAACCACCAAGGCAACCGGACCUUCUUCCUACUUUGGCCCCGCGCCCCCGGCGGGCCAACCUCCUACGCAUAGAUACGUAUUCUUGCUGCACGAGCAGCCCGCUAACUUCGCUGUCCCGGCUGCGCAUAAGCAGGCAGUGUCAAGUCGCUUUGCAAUUGACUGGCCCAAGUUUAUCACAGAUGCUGGUCUAUCAGCACCGCUGUAUGGAAACUAUCUGCAGGUGAAGAGUGGAGACAAUACCAAGAGGUGGGUUGCUUGAAGACGAAAUUCGAGUCGGGAAAGGGCAUAAGAGAGAAUGGUGCAUAAGACAUUGUACAUAAGAUGGCUGCGAUGCGAUCAAUGUGACUUAUUUGUUUGCACUUGUGAUCAAUGCUGUAAAAGUGGCUUGUUGUGACUGUGAAAUGCUGAUACUGAACUUCCGUGUUC